AUGUCCGAUCCUACGUUCCUGGAGCGCGCUCGGGCGUGGAAGUUCCCCGACUGGGCAACUUUGAUCAAACUUGAUGAGGAGCUUCUCGAUGCCUGGGAUCUCGAUGAUCUUGUCGUACGCGCAGAAUACAAAGAGCUAUUAUCUCGAGCCGAUGAAAUCCCUCUCCUGUGCCAGGCUCAGUACCAUAUUUGCUUGUCCGCUGUCGACCCAUAUCCCGGAGCCCGCAUGAAGCGUCUGUAUCAAGCGCAGAGCUUGUUGAGAAAUCCUAACAUCUACGCCGAAUGUUCUCAUGUUUGGGAUAUGCGUGGCAACAACGACAUUCCCGAUCUCAGAGAGGCAGUCGAUGACCUGAUUGCAGAAAAUGUUGAGUCUGUAGCUGAAAGAAAGCUGGAGGGGACGCGCAGGCUUGAGGCGGUAGGCAAGGCAAAAGGGUCCAAGUACCUCGAGCAGGCGUGGGGAGCAUUCAAGAUAUCGCAGCAAGAGUGUGACCGAGAUAAGGAAGAGCAGCAGCUCAAGGUUUCAUGGUGCGCUCUGGAGAAGCAUGAAGAGCAGGGAGAUGCGGAUGACAUGGACAACGACUCGGGCGUCCACACCCUCCGCGCGCUACUGGAUGCAGCGGUCAAUCAUCUCGCCGUUACCGACCGCGAUUCCGCGGACAAAGUACCGCUAAGGAAUACGGGGCCACAGCCAACUGACUCGGUCGCUUCGAAGGGUCGCAAGUCUCGAUCUAUUUCUUUCCCGGAUGAUCCAGUUUCUGAAGUCAGGCUUUACGAGGUCGAGUCACUCUACCAAUCCAGUGAAGAUGAGCAGGAUGAUUCAGAGAGCUGCGCAGACUUGGAUUCAAACGUUAGCAGCAGACUUGAUAGCGAGAGCGGGUCGGACGAGGAGGAUGAAGAUGAAGACGAAGACGAAGACGGCGAAUUCGGGCCAUGGGAUCAUCAACCCAGCAUGAAGGAGAGAUCCCCUUUCAGAACACACCCAAGCCACCUGCCCAUGUCCGACAUUGGAGUCGAGUUAUCUUCAGUGCGCUCUCAGUGUGCUCAUCUCGCGACCGCAGCAGGCGAAGCUGCCGCUGCUUCACCCGUCAACACUAUCUAUGAGCAUCCACCCACACAAGCUGCUUCACCCGUCCACCCUAUCGAUGAGCAUACACCCACAGAAACUACUCCACUCACGCCAUCAGAUGCACCAGAAGAGAGAUCCACGACCGACCGCAAACAUGGCCUACUUUCAUGCGUGCGCGGCAUGAUGAGUCGCUUCGCCAAGUCGUUUGCGACACGUGCCCAUGUCAAAAGCAAGCGAUAUCGUUCGCGUCAUCAUUUCAAAAUUGACCGCAGCAAAGCUUUCAGACGAGCAAAUAUCCACGACAAUGGUGAGUGUCGUACCAAGACUCACUUCUUCCGCCGCUAUGCCGCAUAUGACAGAAGGAUCAGCGUUUUGGGUGGGGCGAAUCAUGGCUUUGGGAUGAUCUUGUGA